UGUGUCCAACCAUCCAUCAGUAUUUCAGAUUGGUUUGACAAUUUGACAGCCAUGAUUACAAGCUACUCUUAGUCUCUAUAAAACCAUGUCGGUGAACAUUUUUCUCACCAGCAGAGUCGGAAAUGUGCCGCUUAUUCUACAAUGACUCCAAAGGUUGGCAGAUAUACUCUUUAUGGGCUUGAGUGAGCAAACUUUUAUUAUCCUGUAAAUAUGUAACGGAGCGACACGACUGGAGUAUGACUGCGGGUGUCUUUGUGUGGCUAUGUGUGUGUGUUAAGACGGUGGGUGGAUCUGUGGGGUUGGAGUUUUGUCUGUACCUGCCCCCUAAAGCAGACAAGGCCACACACACACACACCUGGACAGAGGUGACACAGAACCUUCAGCAGCUUUGGUGAGUAAUAGCUUUCUUUCUUUGAAAAAAAAAGACAAAACAAAAUCUUAAAAAAAAAAAGCUUAAAAGCCUAAAAUUUGUAAAAGUGGUUCAUCAUAUGAUUAUAUUCCUAAGAAUAAAGGGGGAAUUUGUGAUUUUAGUGCUUAUAUGAUGUCUGGGAUGUUCCUUCUUGGGUAAAAUAGAAGUUGUAAUAGCUAAUUUUUAAAUUUUUACAUACGGGUUGCUCCGUUAAUGUGCCAGAAAAUAAAGGCACACAUGCUCCAGUUAUUACAUGCUGUAGAAGUGGGUUUGGAGGACAGACAGUAAUCUGUUUUCAGUUCAUUUAAUUAUCCUCCUGUGAAGAAAUGUAAUAGAUUCAUCGAUUUAAAUGUGGAUUUGACAAAUGAUUGAGCUUUAAAUCGGCAUUAUUAGGCAGCUGUCACCGCUGCUACUCAUUUUGUCCUUUCUGUAACCUCUAUCAGACUGUGCAAGGUUCAAGGUUAAUGAAUAUCAGAGCUAUAAUGUAUUAAUGAGUAACUGUCCGGUAUGCCCUCAUGCCUAGUGGCGCAAGGAAAAGGCCUGGACACAUAACGAAUGAAAGCACUGAAGUCCACAUUUCAGAGCAGCACGCCUGAACAAAAAUGGAGACAGAGAGGGAAAUUUUUAGUCUGUUAAUCUUUGUAAGUUAAUGAUUAGAGGUCAGGCGAUGUAGAUCAAACGAGAAGCUUGAAUGUGUGUGUUUGGGAGUGAGUGUGUAAAGGAUGGUGGGAGAAAGCAUGGAGGAAAGGGGAUCAAUAACGCCAUUAGCCUCUUAGAGUUCUCAGUGAAGAUCAAGGCAAUCGUUUUGCUCUAAGUCUGUCGUAGUGAAGCCGAUAAGGCAAUUUGUCAGGACAUAUAGAGUUUCCGAGCCUUUCAACCACCUCUCAUCUAAAGUGAAUAAGCCGAUUUAAAUGAGCUUCUACACGUCUCCAACCUAAUUAAAAAAGACGGACUAUUGAAAUCAAAUCCACGGACACCUCCCUCCCUGCGAACAGAGGUCUUUAAACACAAGACCUGAUGCUGAGCGCUUUAUAAAAACAAAAUACUACAUCAUGUAAUAUUACAGUAGAUAUACAUGUAUCACCAGCUGGUCACCUUUUGUUAACUGUUUGCUUUUUCCCUUCCAGCUUUGUCAGCUGAAUACACAAACAGGCGAGACAACAUGUCAUCUAAAGGUGAGUAACUCAGCAACGGAGCCGAUGUUUAUCAACCGCAGAGGUGUCUGAGAGUGCCAGUUUCAUAUGACACCAUUUUUGUGUCAAAAUACUUGCAAGGUCACAGCUCCUCUUGUUCUCUGAUUCCAAGUCUGAACUGCUAACGACACCGUGUCAAUUAUGUACCUGGGUAAUGCAAGGAUGACUUAUUAACAGAUGGUUUGGAGGGGCGAUAAGUGCUGGGAAAUGAUAAACAACUGGUGGGAACACUUAGGUGAAAAUACUCAAAGUACAUUAAAGGACUUAACUCUAAAGCACACUGAGAUAAAAGUUUGUAAGUGCAAGGGCAGUCUACUUAAAGCUCCUGUAAGGAACUUUCUAUUUGUGUUGACUUUGGCACCCCCUAUGGGCUAAGUGGUAAGCCUGAUUUUGCCACUGAUACUUCUUCAUGACCUACAGAAGCAAUUAGGACAAUCUGCAGCAUGACUGAAUUUUGUUAUUCUAAUUUUAAAAGCCUGUUACUGCUGCAAGGGUGGGUGUGAGACUGAAUGAUUGACAGCUUUUUGUUUUUACAUUUUCACGAACAAAUAUUAUGCGUUAUAUCAUAAUAUUAUGAGUAUAUGAGUAUAUAUACUAUAAAUGAGUAAAAUAAAUACUCAUAUAAUAUUAUGUGAAGUAUUAUGAGUGAGAUAUUUGAAAAGAAAGCUGGUAGAGUAUUUUCGUCAGGAAAUACUGUCUUUAGGUGUUCAGGACAAGAUCAGCAAGAGGUAAGAUCUUUGUCUACAAGGGGCGCCUCACAGGAGCUUUAAAGUAUCUGCAAUUCUGCUAAAAUGAUCAUUUCAGAUGCAUUUUUUUUGUUAAGUAACAAAAGAUUUUUCAGAAAGUUUAGUUUAUCAGGAAGUUAAAAAAAAACACUUGUACUGGAGAACUCAGUGUAAAGUGUGUUUGAAUAAAGCUAGUGUUUUCAAAUUUGGAGGGACAUGGUGUUCAUUGGACAGAUGCACUAUAAAACGUGUUUUCUUGAUGACGGCUGAAGCCAUAAAAAUUAUGUUAAAUUAAAACUUUUUACUCCAAGAUGAAGCAGAGUGAUCUUGUAAAGUUACACAAUAUAAACAUACUAAAUAUUUAAGUGUUUUAUAUUUUCUACUAGAUGGAAAUUAGCUACCUUUUAACUUUUCAACCGAGAGUCACUGCUCACAUUAAGAUUAUCAGUGCAGCUAUACUUUUGAAACUUUGGUAAUGUGACCAUUUGGUUUUAGUAAGUACAAUGCUGGGGGGCUGAUAGGUGUUAAAAAAAACACAUUGAAUAUUUCUUAAAAGUAUGCAUGUAUACCCUCAGUCUAAGACAACUUUCUUUCUGUUGAUGUGCUGUAUUUUUUAACCUGAGUUUCUGUUCAUGUCCAUUACCUGUCUGUCCCCAGGUGCAGAAUUUGUUGACCCUGAUGCAGACUUUGUGUACGGUAAGAAACUUCUACUUAGCUAGGAUGAACAAGUUGAAACAUCAAACCUCUUGAAGAGAGAAUAAUGAAAGUGUGCAUGAAAUAAAGGGAGUUUUUUCCAGCAUACCUGGAUGUAGGAUAAGCAAAUAAGUGAGCAUGAGUGGAGGGAUAGAGGAUUAAGUGGGAGGAAUAUAAAGAAUUGCAUUGUUUAAAGAAAAUGAACAGGGAGAAACUUGAAGACAGAGAUUAAACUGGGAUAACCUGGGAGGGAAAUGUUGCAGGGAUGGUGCACUGACAUUGUCCUGUGUAUACUUGUAGACUACCACACACUUCGUGUUGGAGGUCUGGUGUUUGCUGGGGUGAUUGUGUUCCUCUCUUUCAUUCUAUUGGCUGGUAAGUCAUUAACUGUACUCUUUGUUUCUGUGUGUGUCGGUGAAUGACACUGGUGUUUUAUUAUAGAGUCUGUUAUUGGACAGAUUGGUUGAAAGCAAACAAAAGGUUCUCAUUAAGUAUUUUUCUCUGGGUAAAAAUGACUGAAAUUGAUACCUUGCUUCAAUCAUACCGCUCGGCUUUCAUUAAUCAGAGCAGCUUUGUUGAAAGGCACAAUUGUUCUGACCUAAUCACUCAAUCUCAUUUUUCUCUACAGGCAACAAGCUUGCCAACUGUGGCAAAUCCAAGGUAAGAGAGACAUAUCCACCAGCUGAAAUGGCCUUAUAGUGACAUCUGCUGGUCAUACAAGUUACUUUAAAAAUUCACCAGACUAAAUAUUCAUCUUUGGCAUGCCUACAGUUUAAAUACAAAAGCAAAAGUCUAAAAAGUGAUUAUUAACUUGAGAUAAGAGCGUAAUUUAAUGAUAAAAAUGCAAACUACUGUUCUGUUUUCUGCAGCCAAGACAUGUUGAAGAGGAUUAAAAUCAGUGGACACCAGUCAGGAACCAUGAGAGGGCUGCCGUGUGCUACAAAGAUAUCAACUGUUGUGUGUGUAAUGUAAGGCUUUUGUAAUAAUAAAGUGUUCAUAACUUGUUUGUGUUUCUUCCUGUUGAACAUCCCUGCACUGGUGUUUUAUUUGUACUGCAAUAAUAAGAAUUAGGGGCAUUUCACAUCUUCCAAAACAAAGUUGUGUAAUAACUUUGAGUCCUUUCAUGCAAAUGGUGACAAAAAAGGUUUAAGACUAGAC